GUGUGUGUGAGAGAGAGAGAGAGAGAGAGAGAGGGGAAGGAAGAAAGACAGACAGAGUCUAUGUGUAUACGUGUGGUCGUGCUGAAGCAAUGCUGCUCUAAUUACACUCCAUCUUUCCUCUAAACACCGCUCUUCACUCUGUACCUGCGCUUCACGGACUCCAUCAGCUGUCCUACACUGUAAUGCUCUGACAGACCGUUUCUACAUCCAGCCUCAAGAUGAAUGUGAAUAGCUUAUUAAACAAAUGGACUCAGAUCCACAGGAUGUGUGAAGUGGAUGUGACGUCUGAACCGAGCAGUCCGACGCUGUACAAUGAGUCGUCAGAUGCUUACUAUCACGUGGACCGUUGGCAGAAGCUGCGCACAGCUGUGAGGAAACUCGAAUUUUGGGAGAACUUCAGCCAUGAACUUAUUGGUAGUGGCUUCUUCUCCAAAGUCUAUAAGGUGAUGCACAGCACCACACGCAAGGUGAUGGUGGUGAAGAUUUAUAAAAAUGACGUGGAUCAGGACAGCAUCGUCAGAGAAAUCAGCCUCUUACAAAAACUUUCUCACCCUAACAUAGUCAGGUAUCUUGGAAUCUGUGUGAAAGAAGACAAGCUGUAUCCCAUUCUCGAGUAUGUUAGCGGAGGCUGUCUGGAGGAACUGCUAGCUCGGAAAGAUGUUCCUUUGUGCUGGAGGGAGAAAGUGGACCUGGGUUCAGACAUCACCAGAGGAAUGAUCUACCUUCACUACAAGAAUAUCUACCACAGAGAUCUCAACUCCAAGAACUGUUUGAUAAGGGUGACUGCCCGAGGCAGAGAGGCUUUGGUCACAGACUUUGGUUUGGCCAGGGAGGUAGUCGAACUUCCUGCCAAAGACAGGAAGCUGUCACUAGUUGGUUCAGCUUUCUGGAUGGCACCAGAGAUGCUGCGUGGGGAACCUUAUGACCGCAAGGUUGACGUGUUCUCCUUCGGGAUAGUACUGUGUGAAAUCCUGGCCAGAAUCCCAGCAGAUCCAGAAAUACUUCCAAGAACGCAGGACUAUGGCUUGGACAUCUCUGCAUUCAGGAAGUUGGCUACUGGAUGUCCACAGCGUGUGCUCGACCUGGCAGCUAACUGCUGUUUGAUCGAGGCAUUCCGGAGGCCAUCGUUCACCGAGGUGCUGGACGAGCUGUCUGAUAUCGCAGAUACGCUGGAGCCACCUGCACACACAGAGCUGACCACCGGCUGAACUUCUUCACACACAGCAGUCCUACAGAAAAUCCUGCAUGCUUCUGUACAUACGCCUCUCCCGAGCGUCCGAGCAAAACAUCUCGACAGGAUCCAGCCGGACAGACGGGAACAGAUCGAGCUGUGAGCCUGACAGGCAUCGUUAAUGGAAUAAAAGACGCUGAAUAUUCUCUAUUCAGAGUUCCACUACUGACCUAAGAUCAGUUCGAUAAAGUUAUGCAGAAAUAUCAGAACUGCUGCUGCUGCUGCUAAACGGACACCAUAUUCAGAUUCCAUGGACAGUAUGAUCUAAAUUUAAGCUUUUCUUCAGUGUGUAACCGUUUUCGAGCCUUAACCAGUCACACCUUUGGGACCUGCUGUGUCACACAGGUUUAUACCUCACAUUUUAAUAUUAUCCAGACCUGGAAGAUAACAGAAUGAUGAUGAUGAUGAUGAUAUUUCUCCGUCGAUUCAGGCAUAAAGGUGAAUCUAUUUGAUAUUUUUGUACAUUUUUGUACAUAACACACACACACACACUAAGUAUUUUGCUACACAUUCCUCCAUAUUGUAUUUGUAUCUCAUCUCAAAAGUUGCUUUUUAUUAUAAUGUGCUUGCCGAGUUGUGUAAAAUAUUUCUUAUAUAGUAUUAAGAGAUGUUAUUCAAACACGACCUCCUACCUUGUGAGGUUUGCGUUCACACUUUCAUUAGCACCAGUGUUCCUUUUUUUUUUUUUUUUCUAAACCAGGAGGUCAGUCCAUGUUUGUUAGAAGAAUCAAGACUCAAUAGGACCAAAAAGUGUGCUAGAUUUUCCCUCUUGCUAUCUGUGCAGCAUGUUAUCGAUCAGCUCAGCUCCCUAUUUUUUAACGUAUUAAGUACAUUCAUUUGUUUUUCUUGAACAAGGAAGUAUUUGCUUUAUAAAUAUUGCACAAUAGUAAGUGUAUAAAUUAUAUACUGGCACAGCCAAAACUAUUGGCACCCUUGGAUUUUAUCGAUACAGUAAAACAUUUUGAAAUGGAAAGACCUUUUCAUCAUCUUAUUCAUGCAUGUUUGGUUUGCAGUGAAAGUGUCUGCAUGGACAUUCUUAAAUGGCCUGUAUUAUAUUACUCCUAAUACAUGGAUCGUAAAAUACAUAAUGAAUUAAUAUGAAUAUUAAUCCAUGACACAUUUAAGAUCUAGUUACAUAAAAUUCCUUGCGUACAAAGAUCCAUGUAAGCAUCUACUACGAACAAACAGUGAAAAAAUGGUGGGUUACAAAUAAUUAAUAACAAAUUGUACUCAUUAGCAAAUUGCGGUGGUUUUAGAGGAAUAAAAUAUGCUGUGAUGACUUUGCUUCACAACACACCAUCGCUGGUUAUUUUCUCUAAGAGUCACGAUUUAUUCCUUACUUAUCCUGUUAUAUUAUAGAUGAACAGGACUGUCACGCUCGCUCUGAUCUGAAGUGUAAAUGAAAACCAUGUACCACCGCUUUCAUCACACACACACAGACCCUUAUUAGCUUUCAUAUCUCAUUACCUGCUGUUUUAUUCCAAGCUCUGAACUCUUAGCUAUGUUAAUUC